GCGGUACAGUUUUGCGGUUGCUUUGCAGGAAUAUCGCUGAUCGAAAUUUUAGUGCCAGGUGAUUUCUGAGUCGGAGGUUUGCGAAUUUGUGUCCAUGAGAGCUCCAGAACGCGCGCGGCUGUUCAGAAGGUUGUCGAGUUCUGGAACCGAUGGUUUGUUAGCGUGUCGCCAUGAGCGCUUGCUCGGGGUUCGCCUUUCAUGCUGCUCCGAGGAGACGUCGUUUGAAGGGGAGGUUUCGUAGGAAUCAUUUUACUUUGCCGCACAACUUGGCGAGGAAUUGAAGGUAGAUUCUGCAAGAAAUAUUCCACGUAGGUCAAAACCUUCUCUCUGCGUUUUGUAUCACCUUUGUCAUGGCACAUCCUUCUGAUGGCUCAAAAAAGAGGGCAAGGAAAUUUUUGUUUGAUGAAAGACGGGACUUGGCAGUUUCAAUGAUCUCCAACUUUGAGCAAAGGACAGAAGUUUAUGGCGGAAGUAGAUGGAAGAAGGAACGAGCUGGCGAUUCUUCAAAGGAUUCACAACCGACCUCUGCAUCCAUAUUCAGUGAACUAACAGGGUUACCUCUAGAUCUCCCACCAUCUUCAAAAGAGCCACCAGACGCUCGUCGAGUGAAGGCGUCAAACAAUCUAUCCGAAACGAACAUAGGAUUCAAGUUAUUGAAGAAGUCAGGCUGGAAGGAAGGAUCUGGACUCGGAGUCUUUGAGCAGGGCAGGUUGAAUCCACUUGAGGCCCCAUUCAAACUGGACAGGCGUGGAAUUGGAGCUGAGAGGAAAAGUAUCAGGAAGAGCGAUGGAAAGCUUCAGCGAGAAGCGUCAGCAUUGGAUGGAGAAGAAAAGAAGAGCAAGAAGGAGCUAAAGAUGGAAGCUGAAGCAAACCGAAUGCAGGAGGCAGCUUUUGCUCGAGAUUUCUUCCGAGAGUUUUGGCCAGAAAAUUUGUGAAAAGCUUGUGUCACUCUCUCCACAAAGUAGAGUCUCUGUCUUGUGUAAACCUCUGCCAGUUGCUCAGGUAUCAUUUUGUUGUCAGUAGGUAAUUGUAUAUUCACAUAUGGAGUCUACAAUGUUCUGAAGGUUGCCAUUGCACUCAAACUCUGAUUGUAAAUAUAUCUCCACCUUGCAACAUCGCCUGUGUGAUAUCUUUGCAUCUGGACUUCUGUCUGAUCACACAGGGUAAAGCAAAGUCCACCAGCAGUACCGAGAGGCCACGCCCAAAGUUUUGCCGUGGGUCAAUUUUCCUCCUUGCUCGUGAGCAUCAUUAACGGCAAUUUGCAGUUGGUUUCUCUGGUAUUGUCGUGUUGUAAGAAGAUAGAGCCUUCGGUUAUUCAUCUGGAUCUUGAUAAAGCAGUCCCUCUCCUACCGUCAGAGAGCUCAUGGUCAUAUCAUUUGCAGAACAUCGUUGACCAAUGCGUGCUGUUGUGGAAUACGUUUUGCACCAAGAAAUAGAACACCCAAACUCGUUGGUCUGAUGAAGUGUAUGAUGCUUACCUAACCUCCCAACAGUUUCUCUUCCUACUACGAACGUCACGUCAGGUCUUGACCUGACCUGAUUUGAUUAAAGAUUGGAGUGGCUGGGUCUAUUCAAAUCGUGUGGUCGUUCCAUGUCCCCACAAUCGAUGAUUGGCUGGUAUAACGAGCUGACAGCACGAAUUAGAGGCUCACCGGGUGCAGACGUCAGACCAGCCGUUUUCCAACACAAUCACACACAAAGAGAGAAAUUGUUUGAGUUGGAGAGAAAUUUCACAGUAUGUGCAUCGCACCGCAGAGGAAGCAAUCAUAUGCACUGGGCCUUAGGUUGACUGUAAAUCAUGUACCAAUACUUUACUUCAUCUGUAUCGUGUGUUAAAUGUGAGCUCCCGAGUGAUGCUUGAGAGGAAGUUCUUAAGCAGUGGAAGUGAAGAGACCCUUGAUAGGACUCCUUGCAAGGCUGCUUAUCUCACAAUUCUUAGGAACCAGUGAACGACCAAGAUGAAAAGGGCCAAAUGCUGUUCCGGUUGUCUAAACACGUUUCAAAGCAGAGGACUUUAAUAUUUCUUUCGAUAUGCAGUCAACGCCGUCCACGAGUAGUGCAUCCGAACCUGUUUCAAGUCCCUUUAACUAUCAUGGAAGCAAGGAAGAGCGUUGUAGAGGAGUUAUGGAGGAAACCACUUAUAAAAAUCAUCCGUUAACUGUUUGUGCAUCAGCACCAGCAGGAGGAUCGGUCAUCAUAGAAUCACAGCGUUAAGGUCUACUGAAGGUCUUUAUCCACUUGGAACCGAAGUUUUCUACGUCGUCGAAGGUGGAUGCACUUUUGGGGCUCAGUGCGGUCGAAAUAGAAGUCACAUCAAUAAAUGUAGAAUACUUGUGGGGUCGUUGUUGUCGAAAAAUCAUUUUGCUGGACCACCACCACAAAGCCAUGGCAUUCUGUCAGACGAGCCCAGGUCUUCUUUUUUUCAGAAACUUGAGAGCAAAAGCAUCGGAUAUCCAUUUAACUCCUCUUGCAGAAAUAAGAAAUAAAGAAAGAAAGGCUC